ACUAAAUCGCGCACGCGAGAAACACAAGAUUCUUUGAACACGACGCUAAGCUUGGCAAAAUACGCCAGAAUAAAGUCAACGAUCAGCUCAAAAUCAUUUAACCUUCUUUUAUGGUAAAGAACGCAGCCAGCUGUAGCUAUAGAUUGGUUUAUUGCUGUGUCUUGGAACCAACUGCAUGACUGACGACGAUAUCUGAAGACAUGAACAGGGCAUCACCGAGGAACAUGAAUACGUACAGGAUUAGCGGUGUGCCGGCCGACUGGGGCUGUGAACAAUUGCAAUCUUUCCUAAAUGACCAAGAGACUGUUACAGAUGCAGAGAUUGAGUCUCUAGCUUAUGAGAAUAACAGUAAAUCACAGGUAGCCACAGCUACUUUUAGCAAUUCACCCUCUCAGCUUCAGUAUAGCUGCAGUUGGUCUAUUCCAAUACCGAGGGCGUCUAAUAUCAAGCCAAACCGCAAACAAUACUUAACAGUCGGCAGUGAUUUCCAUGGUUUUACUACGCUUUACACACCAUCUUCAAAAGAUCAUAAAAUAGAAGUGUGAUUGCGUUAUCAGGCCUUGGAGGACAUGCUUUUGGAUCAUUUAAAGAGAAAGACGGAAGCUAUAUGUGGUUGCGUGACUCUCUCCCUUACGAUCUCUCCUCGGGGACCGAUAAUCGGCCAAUAGCUCGGGUUAUGAUCUAUGGCUAUGAAUCGACUG